GUGACCCGGAAGCGCUAGUAGAGGCGCCAUCAUCGCCGCUGUGGGUGUGUGGGUCGGAGUGUGUGUGUGUGUGUGUGAGAGAGAGAGAGAGAGCGGGAGAGAGGCGUUGGGUGGGUGCGGGGCUCCGGCUCAGGCCACACACGGGGGGGGGGACGGACGGCUGUAGCAGUAGCAGCGGCGGCGGGUCGUUGUGUUUGUCGGGCGGCGGCGAGGGCGAGGGCGGGAGCAGCAGCAGCAGCAGUAGCCAUGUCCAGGAGGCGGCACAGCGACGACAACGACGGGCAACCUCACAAGAGGAGAAGGACAUCGGAGCCAAUUGAAAUCGAAGACCGUCUGGAAUCUUUGAUAUGUCGUGUUGGAGAAAAGAGCACUUCCUCAUUGGAAAGUAACCUGGAAGGCCUGGCUGGAGUUUUAGAAGCUGACCUGCCGAACUAUAAAAGUAAAAUCCUGAGAAUACUUUGCUCCGUAGCUCGUAUGCUUCCUGAAAAGCUAACUGUGUACACAACGCUGGUGGGACUGCUGAAUGCCAGAAACUAUAACUUUGGUGGAGAGUUUGUCGAAGCCAUGAUUAGGCAACUCAAGGAAGCUUUGAAAAAUAAUUUGUAUAAUGAGGCAGUGUUUCUUGUCCGUUUUUUGUGUGAUCUCGUUAAUUGCCAUGUUAUUGCCGCUCCUUCAAUGGUGGCAAUGUUUGAAAACUUUGUCAAUGUAACUCAGGAAGAAGAUGCGCCACAGGUACGUUGUGAUUGGUAUGUGCACACUGUGCUCUGUUCUCUGCCCUGGGUUGGAAAAGAGCUCUAUGAGAAAAAGGAUGUCGAGAUGGAUCGAAUGUUAUCUGUGAUUGAUGGUUAUCUGAAGGGACGUCAAAAAGCUCACAUGCCUAUGCUGCAAUGUUGGAACAGUGCACAGCCUCAUGUGCAAGAAGAGUACUUGGACUGUCUGUGGGCACAGAUACAGAAGAUGAAAAAGGAUCGUUGGCAGGAGAAACAUAUCUUGAGACCAUACUUGGCCUUUGACAGUGUACUGUGUGAGGCCUUGCAGCAUAACUUGCCACCUUUUACGCCACCUCCUCAUACAGAAGGCUCCGUGUACCCUGUACCAAAAAUUAUUUUCAGAAUGUUUGACUACACAGAUGCUCCUGAAGGUCCAGUUAUGCCUGGCAGUCACUCUGUUGAGAGAUUUGUAAUUGAGGAAAAUCUGCGCUGUAUCAUCAGAUCUCAUUGGAAGGAAAGAAAAAACUGUGCUGCACAAUUACUCAGCUAUCCUGGAAAGAACAAGAUUCCUCUGAAUUAUCACAUAGUGGAGGUUGUCUUUGGAGAGCUCUUCCAAUUGCCUGUACCUCCACACAUUGAAGUCAUGUACACAACACUGUUGAUUGAACUCUGUAAACUGCAACCUGGCUCUUUGCCUCAAGUGCUUGCACAAGCCACGGAGAUGUUAUAUAUGCGUUUGGAUUCUAUGAACACAAUUUGCAUAGACAGAUUUAUCAAUUGGUUUUCCCAUCAUUUGAGUAACUUUCAAUUCCGGUGGAGCUGGGAUGACUGGUCUGAUUGUCUGGCUCUGGACCCUGACAAGCCCAGACCAAAAUUUGUGCGUGAAGUGUUGGAGAAAUGUAUGAGACUCUCGUAUUAUCAAAGAUUAGUGGACAUUGUUCCUGAAAACUUUGCAGCUUUGUUGCCAGCAAAUCUAUGUAUUUACAAGUACGGAGAUGAGAGCAACAGUUCUCUGCCAGGCUACCAAGUGGCUGUCAGUGUUUGCACUGCUAUUAAAACCAAAGCUGGCAUCGAUGAAAUUGUGAGCUUCCUGAAGGACCUUCCCAAUCCUAAUCAAGAUGAUGAUGAUGAUGAAGGGUUCAGCUUUAAUCCUCUGAAGAUUGAUGUUUUUGUGCAGACUUUACUUUACCUGGCCUCCAAGUCCUUCAGCCAUUCCUUUAGUGCUUUGGCAAAAUUUCAUGAGGUGUUUAAGGUGUUGGCUGAAGGGGAUGACGGCAAGUUACAUGUUCUAAGAGUUAUGUAUGAUGUCUGGAAGUGUCAUCCUCAGAUGAUGGCCAUGUUAGUUGAUAAAAUGAUUCGAACACAAAUUGUCGAUUGUGCUGCAGUAGCAAACUGGAUCUUCUCCUCGGAGAUGUCUCCCGAUUUUACUAGGAUGUAUGUCUGGGAAAUUCUUCAUUCCACCAUAAGGAAAAUGAACAAGCAUGUGUUGAAAGUCCAGAAGGAGCUUGACGAGACUAAAGAUAAACUAGAUAAGCAGCAUAAAAGACGAGAUAGUGAUGAAGACUACGAUAACAGUGAUGAGGAAGACGGCCCUCUGGAAGAUCAGAUUGAACGUCUGCAGGAGAAGGUCGAAUCUGCUCAAAGUGAACAAAAGAACCUUUUCCUUGUAGUUUUUCAGCGUUUUAUAAUGAUUCUGACAGAACAUCUCGCCAGGUGUGAAACCGGUGGGAUCGAUUUUAACACCUCCUGGUAUAAGAACUGCAUUGAAAGAUUGCAGCAGAUCUUUCUCCAGCAUCACCAGAUUAUCCAGCAGUACAUGGUCACGCUGGAAAACCUGCUCUUCACAGCUGAGCUCGACCACCACAUCCUCGCUGUUUUCCAACAGUUCUGUACUCUUCAGGCAUAGUUACUCUCCAGCAGCAGCGAACGUUUUGAGAUUCCCCCGCUCUUUUUGAAAACUCCUAACACGCCAGUCUUGUGUUGAAAGACCAUCCUGAAGCCACUUUGCCUCUUCAGCGGUAAAACCAUGGAGCAUGACAAAUGAUGCCAUCUAUUUUAGGAAAGGCUUCCUCCUCUUGUUUAAAACCAUAAAAUAAUAGGCCUUCCACAAUAGCGAUAGAGACUUUAGUAAUCCAAAAGGAUGUACAUGCAUAAUGACUUAAGUUUGGUAUUCAUUCUAGUUUUAAAUUUGCUUUACAUUCAGUGCGGUUUGAUUACUGGAUGCAAGGUUAUUAAAACCAUCUCUUUUCCUCACGAUCUACCAGACAAUUUGUAAAUUAAAUAGCUUGUUGUAAAUUGUUCAACAUCGUGCUCCACAAUCGACCAAAGUUUUGAAUUUCAAUGUUGCGACAUGUUCACUUGGUUCUUCCAGUAACAGGAACGCAGACAAUUCUACAGACAUUAAUGUGGCUGAAAUAUAUUUGGGAUACUGUUACUUUUUUAAACAGAAAGUGUAUGUUGUGUUUUUUAAUUUUAUACGUAUCGGUCGGUCCAAGUUCGCAUAACAUGAGAAAAUCAAAACUGAGUAGUCACUCCAUGAUUGAAAAGAGCUAACAAAUAUUUUUUACAAAUUAAAAAAAUACAUUAAUUGUAGGAAGA